AUGGCAUCUUCGGUUGCCUUGGAUCCGGAGACACGUUUGCUAAGGAGGAUAUUUAGAAAUCUCUUGGAGUUCAACCUCUGCACAGUAUUUGUCUUCCCAUCCUUUCAUCUCUCGCUCGACGCGCCGGUUCAGACCGAUUUUCGCAAGAGGGCACCUCGCAUGCCUUCCAGCAUGCUCAAGCUUCUGCAGUUUGGUAGCACAUUUGUCGUUGGCCAAAAAUGCUUCCUUAUCUGCUGA